GUCAGUCAGGCAGCCAUGCGAGGCCAGCGUGUGGCGGAGAGCGAAUGUAGGUGCUGGAACCCGGUCGUCUGGCUCCUGGUGUCCCUGCUGGGAUCGCUAGUCUUGGUGGCCGUCAGUGUGCUGCUGCGACUUGCCAAUGGCGUGCAAACCUCUGAGAGGACGCAUUAUCAAGUGUCUGCUUAUCUCUCCAAAGUACAACUGGUAAAUGGACAUAACAGGUGUGAGGGCAGAGUGGAGGUGCGCUACAACGAUUCAUGGGGCACAGUGUGUGACGACGACUGGGACAUGGUGGAUGCCAACGUGGUGUGUCGACAGCUGGGCUGUGGAGUGGCUGUGGCAAUGGGCAGCAGCUCUCAGUUUGGACAGGGCACGGGGCCCAUACUGCUGGAUAAUGUGGACUGCAGAGGAAGUGAAGCAGACCUCAGCCAGUGCAAAAGUCUGGGCUGGGGCGUCCACAACUGUUACCACUAUGAGGAUGUGGGUGUUACCUGCAGAGGUAAGGGAUUGAUAGAAUUUAAAGUGCUCCCCACGCCACCACGGGAGAUCUCUGGUUUACGAGAUGGCACCAUCCGUCUGGUUAAUGGACAGAAUGCCUGCCAGGGCCGGGUAGAGAUCUACCACCAGGGACACUGGGGGACAGUCUGUGAUGAUGACUGGGUUCUCAACAAUGCCCGGGUGGUGUGCCAACAGUUAGGCUGUGGUUCUGCCGUCUAUGCACACACCAACUCCUACUUUGGCUAUGGCACCGGCCUAAUUCUCCUGGACAACGUCAACUGCUAUGGCACUGAGCAGGACCUGAGUAAAUGCAAAAGCCUGGGCUGGGGCAAACACAACUGUGGCCAUCAUGAGGAUGCUGGAGUCACUUGCACUGGAUCCACCACUGAACCUCCCCUGGCAACACAAAACCAGAGAGGAUUCUGGGGAACAUAUAACACUGAAGACAAACCAGCCAUUCGUGUGGUGAAUGGUAACAGUAGCUGCCAGGGGCGUGUCGAAGUCCGCUACAAAACUAUUUGGGGGACAGUGUGUGAUGAUGACUGGGAUAUGCGUGAUGCAACCGUGGUGUGUAGGCAACUUGGCUGUGGCCCGCCUAUAGCAGCCAAGACCAAGGCCUACUUCGGCUAUGGUUCUGGUUCGAUCCUGCUUGACAAUGUGGAAUGUGAAGGCUCUGAACUGGAGCUGUCUCAGUGCUUCAACCUGGGCUGGGGUCAGCACAACUGUGGUCAUCAUGAAGACGCUGGAGUCAUCUGUGAAUCGUUUGAUUACUACAACGCAAUAGGACGUGAUUUCAGAGUAACAGGACAGAUACCUGCCACCACCACCGCACAGCUCACUGAAGGAAUGAUGAGACUAGUGGGUGGUGAGCACCGGUGUGAGGGUCGGGUGGAGAUGUACUUAAAUUCUGGAUGGGGAACAGUGUGUGAUGAUGCCUGGGACCUCCCUGAUGCUCAGGUUGUGUGUCGUCAGCUGGGCUGUGGAGAGGCCACAGCAGCUCGGGUAGAGGCUUUCUUUGGGCCUGGAACAGGAACAAUCCUGCUGGACAAUCUGAAGUGCAGAGGUUCAGAGGCCUCCCUGCAGCAGUGCUCCCAUAUAUCCUGGAAUGUGCACAACUGUGACCACACUGAAGACGCUGGCGUCACCUGCUCGCUGUCGUGAUUUCAGCUGAACCACACCACACUCCCACCUCCACCAUGGGCAGGAGGUUGACAUACCAACCUAGGACUUGUAUAAAUAAUGUAAAUAACAGCUUUCACAUUGCUGAAGGAAUCCUCCGCCACCACCACCACCACCACCACCAACAUACAAAAUAACUAAUAUAACAAUAUAUGAUUACAUAUUAUGACUAUCUAUGCCUAUUAAGCACUUUAUAAAUAAAUAUAUGAUAUAAAAUACAA